AACGGUUAUUGGAGGCACCAAAUGUUUUUGACAUAAAAAUCUCCCUUUCACAGAAGUGACGAAAAUUCAUUCUUCACUCUUUCGCUUCACAAUAAACAAAUAAAUAAAAGAAAAAAAGGAAACCCUUUGAAAAAUUUCCAUUUCAUCAAUGGCUUCUCUGCAAGGAUCGUUUUCUGCAAUUUCGGCAAUUCGGUCGGGCUUCUCUUCCUCGUCUUCCUCGUCUUUGGCGGGAGUUUCUUUCGUCAGACUGCCGGAGUGUGACCGUAGGAGAUCCGGCGACCGGAGAAACCGUCUUAGAAUGCCGUGUAGAGCAAUGGUUCAGCAAGCAGUGCACGGAGGAGCUCCGGCUACUUAUGCUAAAGAGAUGGAGCGACUUUCUGCUAAGGAAUCUCUUCUUCUUGCUUUUAAGGAUGCUGGGGGUUUUGAGGCUUUAGUCACAGGAAAGACAACAGAUAUACAACGAAUUGAUGUGAAUGAGAGGAUAACUGGCCUGGAGAGGCUCAAUCCAACACCGAGGCCAACAACGUCUCCCUUUCUGGAAGGUAGAUGGAACUUUGAGUGGUUUGGAUUCGGAAGCCCUGGACUUUCUGCUGCUAAAAUCAUAUUUGAGAGAUUCCCUUCGACAUUGGCAAAAUUGUCAAAGAUGGAUUUGCUUCUUAAGGAUGGAUAUGCAAAGGUUACAGCACACUUCAAACUGCUUAACUCGAUAGAAAGCAAAUGUAUUCUUUCCACCAGGGUAUCCAUUGAGGGACCACUACGAAUGAAAGAAGAAUAUGUUGAGGGGAUUCUUGAAUCACCAACUGUUGUUGAAGAAACAAUACCAGAACAGCUAAAAAGUGCAUAUAGUCAGGCUGUUAACACUGUCCAGCAACUUCCUGUUCCUAUUAGGGAUGCAGUGGCCAGUGGACUGAGAGUUCCUCUGAGUGGGACAUUCCAGAGACUGUUCAUGAUUUCUUAUCUUGAUGAAGAGAUCCUUAUUAUUAGGGAUGCUGCUGGCAUACCUGAAGUUCUUACUAGGCUGGAUCCACCCUCAUCUACCAUGGCAGAAACUAGCCCAGAUUAUGAGAGCUAGGGAGUCAUAUACAUUGCUCGGUGACAAGGAGAAGGAACUCAGAUACUCAAUUUGAUGAGGCUUUAAAUUGUCGGUGUCAUGAAAUUUGGGGACGGGUUUAGAAUGGGGGAAAUUAGGGUCACAUCGUUCCAUAGAAAUCGUAUAACUUCCCACUGAAGUCCUGUAACAUAUUUGUAGCAUUAGGUCACCUGCCACAAGUUCAAGAAAACGUGUUUUUUACUAA